AUGGAGAACAGCAAAGAUCCUGAUGAGGAGGUUGAGCUGACACUAAAGGAUCCUUCAAGUGAGGAGGACGAUGGAGAGUUAAAACCAUAUGAGGAGGACAGCGAAGCUUCAGGACAAGAAAACGCUGAAGAAGACACAGCACAUGGGCCAAACAAGAAGGAGGAACCACACCACUCAGAAGAUGAAGACCAGGAGGAUGAGAAAAAUGAUGGAGCAGAGGAUGCCACACAGAUCACACAGGACGAGAAGGAGGAUAAAGCCACGGAUGGCAUGGAGGAUCAGAACGAUGAUGAAUCAGCGGAUGAAGAGGAGGGGGAGGAGGAUGAGAAUAAGGAUGAGGUGAAGGAUGACGCGGAGGAUGAAAACGCGGCUGAAUCAGCAGUUGAGGAGGAGGAUGAAAAUGGGGAGGUAGCAAAGGAUGAGAACGCGGCUGAAUCGGCAGAUGAGGAGGAGGAGGAGGAGGAGGAAAAUGGGGAGGUGGCAAAGGAUGAGAACGCGGCUGAAUCGGCAGAUGAUGAGGAGGAGGAAAAUGGGGAGGAGGCAAAGGUAGAUGAGGAGGAGGAGGAUGAGGACGCGGCUGAAUCAGCAGAUGAGGAGGAGGAGGAGGAGGAGGAUGGGGAGGAAGCAAAGGAUGACACGGAGGAUGAGGACACGGCUGAAUCAGCAGAUGAGGAGGAGGAGGAUGGGGAGGAGGCAAAGGAUGAGACAGUGGAUGAGAAUGCGGCUGAAUCAGCAAAUGAUGAGGAGGAGGGUUGGGAAAACCAUCAUCGUGGCCCGCGACCCUUUCAAGCAUGA